AUGAAUCCUCAUCGAUUUUUGUGUCGUGUUUGUAAUAUAUGGUGUGACACUGAGAAUGUCCUACGAGCGCAUGAAACGGGGAGAAAACAUCGCUCUAAAUGUCUUGCUUUAGACAGUUUAAACAUAGGGGAUCAUAUUAAUUAUCCUCUAAAAAUUUCCUUACCAACACUGGUUACUCCUGAUUCGGGCUCGCCGAAGGAUUCUAUCUUAGAUACCAGCUCUUAUUCUGCAGGGCCAAUAAGAAAUCCAAUCUGUGAUCAAGAAUCGUCUUUAUAUUCAAACCAGUUAUCUUCAGCUUCCGAAGUCUCUUUUACCUGCAACUUAUGCGGUGUACAUAUGAAUUCUUCAGAUCAAUAUACUUCUCACCUUCGUGGUCGCAAACAUCAAAGUAAAAUAAAUCUUAAUCCAGUUUCUAGUCUGUCUUCAAGCGAUCCAGCAAUGUCACCAUCAAGUGACGAAAGCUCAACUUCUGUUUUUUAUCAGUGCAAUAUUUGUCAAUUUGUAAUAUUCAGUUCAAUGAAACUGAAACAUUUGGAGUCAGAAGAGCACCAACUGAAUGUUCGCAAGUUAAAAGAAAAAUCAGUAUCAUCAAGUCCUUUUGUAGACAACUCUCACCUACGUAAAUUUAAACGAUCUUGUCGAGAGGUCUUAGUACCCGUAUAUGGAUCAAUUAAGUUCACAUCUGCUGAGGCUAAGCUUCUGGAGAAUUCAGCGAAAGGAGAUCAAGAUUGUGUUUUGUUGUUGGAUUCAUUUGACGGUCGAGAUCGUAUUGCAAUACAUCUGGCAAACGCAUUACUAAUAGCUAAUAAAAAUCUAUCAACUAUCGACUCGUCAAGCCCUUCUGCUCCUACUUGGGUAAUAUGGGUUCUACCCAAAACAGAAAGUUCCUCAUCUAACUCGAUUUCUGUGUUCAGAUCUCAAUCAGAUAAUGACAAUGAUACAUCUCAACGUCCUUUAAAAAUUGCUUACUUACCUUGUGAUGUAAAAAAAUUAACACAAGUUGAUUUGAUACUUACAACCUCUGAUUUAUUUGUUGAGCACUUAUCAAUUCUACUAAUGAAACAAGCAUUUGUUUGUGGCAUAAUUAUUCAUGAUGUCGAUGUUGCGUUAAAAAAUGAAGAGUUUUGCAAGCUUCUUUAUCGUUAUCGUCAAUAUUUCACAAACCAACAUAAUCGAGGCCGAAUCAUAUGUUUUGGUCGAAUGAAAGUAGAGGAAGACAGUGUUUUUUCGUCGUUCACACAGUACGGUUAG